GUGACUUGUUGGUAAUUCAGACGCUUGCGGUAGGGGAGAGAUUACAAAAGGACGGAUUGCUGGCGAAUAAGCAAAGGUGCAGGACUAGGCGCAACAGCUGACAGCACGUCGCCUUGUCAAUCAUCGACAUGAUCGAUGCGUCCAAGUGAGCGCCUUAUAAUCAUCUCGACGUCAGGGAAGGGCCCCCGCAAAUAUGGCGAACUCUAUGCAUGUGGUCAGCAUGGAGCAGGCCCAAGGCCCGGGCAUGGGCAUGGGUAUGGGUAUGGGCAUGGGUAUGGGCAUGGGCAUGGGCAUGCGCGGGGAUAAUGUGGCAGUGGCCCAGCUGAGGAAUAUCCUGCACCCAUCAGUGCCCAAGACAAAGCAGUACAAUUUUCCGGCAAACGCAGACACAGAUACGCUGCGAAACGAGAUCGACGAGUUUUUCUCGUACGUCGAAGCUCCGCAAGUUGGCGAGAACCGCGCUGCCUGGGAAGAAUGGUGCGACCUGCAGAGUGCAAAGAAGCCCCCUGCAGAUACGCCAGCAGCUGCAGAGGAGGAUGCUCGGAGAGCACACGAAGAGUCGGCGCUUGAGUUGGACAUGCUGGGUUUGAAGCUUGACCCGGACGCGUCUACAUCAGCGGGCAAAAGCAGAAGCUCGUAUGCAUGGACAUCGCUCCCUUCAUCGGUACGCCGUCAAUCCGUCGACGCCCUUUUGACGACGCUCGAAGUCAAGGACCCGACAGUCCGUGUGAGGGCGUCGCGCGCCUUGACCUACCUCCUGCAAGGCAGCUUCGCCGAUACAACUGGACCUGAGCACCAGCUGCAUUGGAUCCAGGAGAACGCGCGUAUGGUCCGUAUGGCUGGCGGUCUCGCCGAGAUAUUUGGUGCAUGCAAGAUCGCUUGCUGGAAGCAUGACUAUCUCAGCUCUCUGCCUGAUCAUCUAGUGUCGACGGAUCCAGACGAGGCGGCAAAAGGGGACGCAGCGACACCUCUGCUCACGCCUCAGUCCAAAGCAGAGUACUUGGAGGAGAUCAACCUCGAACUCACUCUCUAUUUUGCCCAACUGUACAUCCUCGUUGAGACGGGGCGAGAAGAGGAGGAGUGGUCUGACGAGCUGAUGAGCCUGGAUCCGCCACUCCCGAUAUACCUGUUCAAUCUGGUAGCUGUCUUGCGCGAGAAGCCAGCCAAAGGGUAUCCAGUCAAAAAGCUCCUCCUGCUCCUUUGGAAAUCUCUGCUUGCCUGCUUCGGAGGCCUGGAAGACGUAGAACGCUGCAAAAAGAUCGCGCGUGAGCUCGAGGGUCUGGGCCCUAUGGCGGACUCAAAGCGGACGGUCACCAAGGCAACACCUUUGGACUUUCAAAGCUUCCAACAGGACAUGACGACCAAGUUCCCGACAUAUGUCCCACCAAACAGGGCGAUGGGAAGCCUGCCAGUCGACAAGCUCGCUUCGGCCAUCCUGCCGAUACCGCCUCGCCGCGGUUUCAGUACUGGCCAAGGUGAUGGGGACAUCAGGGAUCUCGGUGGCGGCUUUGAAGCAACGCCGGCUCCGUCUCCUCACAAUGCUACGCCCGCCCCAACGCCCCCGGCGUCGCCAAAGCCAAAUAAGCAAAAGUACCAGACCGAUCAGACUAAACCGUUCAUCCUUCCGUACAGUGUGACUGUGCAGGGUGGGCGAAUGGUCCCAUUCAGUGUCGAAGAGGCUGCGCGGCUCUACAAUAACCACAUGCACAUCAGCUUGGAGCUGUGGCAGAUGUGGUUGCUACGGGAAGAGUGCAUCCAGGAUGAGAGAGGGGUCGCCGAAGGAGGAGCAACCUUCAAGGCGUUUGAUCUCCCCGGUGGACCCACUUCCAGCCUCUUUAGGACUUUGCGGCAACGUAACGAGCCUUUGGCAAACAGCUUGCAGCUCAAUGGCGCAGCCGAAUUCGAACCAUAUGGCAGCGUUCCAAACGACGGCAGCUCGGACGGUUCUGAUUCCUUCAUCGAUGUCUCGAUGGGUAGCAAAUCAUUGAAGGGCAGAGGCGAGCCAACGCUUGCUUUGCUGCAAGUUAUCGAAAGCGAACUUGAUGUUGAGAUCAAGAAGAUCGAGUCCGACCACAGUCUCGCGGUUCUUGACAGCACGCGAUACGUCACUACCAUCGCUAAACUAUGUCAGGUUCGAGCCGACGUACGCCGGUUGCAGCGGGUCGAACAGCUUUACUGGGCGGUGCUUCCAAACCUGCAAAGCUCGGUCAUUGUCUUGCUCAAGCUCCUGCUUGCCACAGUGACCGCGCAGACAAGCACAAACAGCCCGCACGCACGCGCCGUGGCGGAAGGCGUCUCGCCCGAUGAAGCGCCACCGCCUACGCUUGAGGACAUCGACGUCGCACGCCAUCGCGAGAUUACGUCCAAGGCUGUCAGUGCAAUCCUUGUGCUCUGCCUAAAAUGGUUCAAAGCAAGUCACGCCAUGAAGUUCCAUUACCUCUCUCAACUCCUGGUCGAUUCCAAUUGUUUGCUGCUCAUCCUCAAGAUGUUCGGACUGCAGGAAGUCGCAAAUUCGGUCAAAUCUAUCAAUGAGGCGGAGCAGUUCAAUUUCUUCAAAUACUGCGAGACUUUCUGUGGAAGGAAUCCACGGCUUCCCCAACCUGAAGACUCGGUCAUCCUCCGCUCGAAUCGUGGCGGUGCAUCGGCCAUCGCAGGCAGCCCCAACGAGCAGCUUAACAUGACCAAUAGCGGAGACGAGAUCGAAUACAUCUCGGACUAUUCGUGGCGCAACUUUUUCUCGAGCAUCAAUUUCACGCGCAUCUUACAGAAGCUCACGAAGCGACGCGUACACCGCAUACUCUUGCUCGUACAGUAUAAGAGCUCGGCCAUCCUCAAGCGCACGCUGAAAGUAAAUCAUCCCCAGCUUCAGCUGUAUGCUCUCAAGGUUAUCAAAAGUCAGGUACCUUUCUGCGGGCGCAAAUGGAGGCAGUCCAAUAUGAAAGUGAUCACAGCCAUCUAUCUCAAUUGUCGGCCCGAUCUGCGCGACGAGUGGCUUGCGGGAGCGGACGUCGAUGCCGAUGUAGACGUGUCAUUGCCGCAAGAGCAGGCCUUGCGCUCACUACUCAAGUUCUAUAAUGCAUCCAGAUCUGGCAGUGGCACAGGCGGCAAAUCCGGACAGGGUCAAGGAGCAAUUGCGGCGCAGAACGCGGAUGGAGGUCGAGGGGCACCCACAGGCGAAACGCAUGAUAGCGAAGCAGCACAGCCCAUGUCGCCUGGGAGGUCUCCUAACGUCAGUUUCUUCGACAGUGACGUUCUGCCGCCCGUGCGACGCAAUGCGGAGAGCACUGCAGGUACACUCCGCUACAUCCCAGACGACGUCGUCGAGGGGUACUUGGACUCGUAUGAGGACGUGCUGGGCGAGGUCUUCGGAGAAGGUGAACCAACGGAUGGAUGGAGCAGCGGCAAGUGGGGCUUGACGAAACACGGCUCCGAGACCGCCUGGGCUCGCCUGGGUGAAAUUCUCGGCGACUCAGACUCGAUCAGCGAUAGCGAGUCGAUCGCAUCGAUCGGUGACCUUGGUCUGCAUGACGGUGCUGGUAGCGCGGGCGGCGAAGCGGGCGAAGGGGAACCGAGGCUGCGCGAUGAGAACAUGAACGAGUGGGAGCAUCUCAGUCCGAAGGAGAUGAAAUUCCUCGCCAACAGCGCUCCUCCCCAACCUGGCUCUCCGCUCGCAGAGCGAGGCAUGCGCCGCCGGCAGUCUAGCAAUGGCUGUUCUGGCACCGGCAGCAGGUCCAAUUCGCUUUCGUCGCCGUUGCGUCCUGUUCUGCCUUUUGGCCUGGACGACCUGUCGACCGACGAUGCACUGGCGGUGGAAGAUGAGCCGGAACCGUUUGCGCCGCAGCCAUUGCCCCAGCCGAAAGAAGGCGGCAUUGACGAGGUUGAACACAUCUUUGGCACGUAAACUGGAAUUUUCGCAGCGCGAUACGCUGUUACGCCAGCGCAGCUGUAUGCUAAGGGUACAAGUGUAUGCGACACUUAUUGCAAGGGGUCUUGUCAGCAGCAGGAAAAGAAAGGGCGGGGGCCGCGUCUAUGAUACAUGGAGGGUCGCCCACAGCAAUGAAAGCGGCGGAUCGCUUGCUUCCCAUCACUGAGCUCCCACAGGAAGAAAAUUGGCGGAACGGCUGUGCUUGAAACCUUGAUUGUCAUCGCUGACUGAGCGGAGAGCGAGCGCAAAGC